AUGACGAUUCGGUCACAGGAUGGCCAAGGCGUGUGGUGGACAGAGGAGCCGAUAAAUGCCAGCAACCCCUUACUGGAAUCCAAUUCUGUUGAACCAAUAGUUAUUGAGUGCUCACUCAAUGCCUUGGUCUGGAGUAAGAGAAGGAAUAGGAUUUUAGAGGCUGCUAUGUCAAGGGUAAGGGACUCACAGAAACCCUCAGUACUCAGCCAUGGGCCGAAGACGCCAUCAGGCAAAAAGGUGAAGGCUCCACACUGUCCCCUGUCCCGGUCGUGGAAGCAGGACCAUGAACAGACUCUGGCGGCGGCCUAUGUACCGGUGUUGGUGGACCCCAGGGGGCAGAACCCGGACAAGUUCAGGCUCAGUUUCUACACCUCCCAGUACUCCAACACCCUGAACCCCUUCUACACCUUGCAGAAGCCUACCUGCGGCUGCCUGUACAGCCGGGACACCGACCACACCCGCAAGAACUUCGACGUGCCUCCUGCCAACCUGGUCUCGUGGCGCUCGUAGGCCUGUGCCAGUCAGAAGCCCCCUACCCUGCACCCUCACCCCCAUGAUCCUGGGUCCCAGAGGGGAAGGGCUGCUCCCUCCUGGAGGAGCAGAAAGUGCCUGGGCUAGGACGGCUGUGCCCUGCCCACUGUCAACAAUGGCAAAGGGAGGUCUCACUUCUCAGCAGCAAUUAAAGUUUGUCCUUCCUUUCCCUGGCAUCUGAAUGGGUGGCCAUGUGUGGGUAGACU